AUGGUCUGUCUGAGGCUGGUGAAGAAAGCUGUAGAGAACCGGGAGGAGAACAAAGAGGAUAAAAGAAUUGCUGGGAUCAACGAGGACAAGGCAUUGAGGCCAGUUUGGUUCCUGAGGGAGGAGCUGGCAGGGUCCAGAAGAGCCCAGAGUCUGCAGUCCGGGGGGCUCCUGCGCCCCGCGCGCCUUCGCACCAAGAGCGAGGGCGACGCCAGCUCGCUGCACACCUGCCCCAGCAAGCGGGACCUACUCUACCCGGAGCUGGCCAGGGUCGGGGGCCGGCUCCCCACCGACCCCACACAGACGGGAGGACUCUGGAAACUCCUCACGAGCCGCUUCCGAAGGCGAGAGCGUGGCAGCGCUGGCAGCACGUGCCCCAAGGACCCCCACGGCGGUGUCGAGCCCAUCCUCCUGGGAGGGGGCCCACUGCGGGCGCUGGAUUCGUUUGUAAACAGCCAGGAAUGGACCCUGAGUCGCUCGGUGCCUGAGCUGAAGGUGGGCAUCGUGGGGAACCUGUCCAGUGGCAAGUCAGCCCUGGUGCACCGUUACCUGACCGGCACCUACGUGCAGGAGGAGUCUCCAGAGGGUGGCCGGUUUAAGAAGGAGAUCGUGGUGGAUGGUCAGAGCUACUUGCUGCUGAUUCGAGAUGAAGGGGGCCCGCCUGAACUCCAGUUUGCUGCCUGGGUCGAUGCUGUGGUGUUUGUCUUCAGCCUGGAGGAUGAGAUCAGCUUCCAGACCGUCUACAACUACUACCUGCGGCUCUGCAGCUACCGGAACACAGCGGAGGUGCCGAUGGUGCUGGUGGGCACACAGGAUGCCAUCAGUGCCACCAACCCCCGGGUCAUCGAUGACUCCCGGGCACGGAAGCUCUCCAAUGAUCUGAAGCGCUGCACGUACUACGAGACCUGUGCUACCUACGGCCUGAACGUGGAGAGGGUCUUCCAGGACGUGGCUCAGAAGGUGGUGGCUCUCCGGAAGAAGCAUCAGCUGUCCAUCGGCCCCUGCAAGUCCCUGCCCAACUCACCCAGCCAUUCGUCUGUCUCCGCAGCCUCCAUUCCUUCUGUCCACAUCAACCAGGCCACCAACGGUGGAGGAGCCUUCAGCGACUACUCCUCCUCUGUGCCCUCCACCCCAAGCAUCAGCCAGCGGGAGCUGCGGAUCGAGACCAUUGCUGCCUCCAACACCCCCACCCCCAUCCGCAAGCAGUCCAAGCGGCGCUCCAACAUCUUCACGUCUCGGAAGGGCGCGGACCCGGAGCGGGACAAGAAGGUGCCGGAGUGCAAAGCGGACAGUAUUGGCAGCGGGAGGGCCAUUCCCAUGAAGCAGGGCAUUCUCCUCAAACGCAGCGGCAAGUCCCUCAACAAGGAGUGGAAGAAGAAGUAUGUGACGCUGUGUGACAACGGGGUCCUCACCUACCACCCCAGCCUGCACGACUAUAUGCAGAAUGUCCAUGGGAAGGAGAUCGAUCUGCUGAGAACAACAGUGAAGGUCCCGGGCAAGCGACUCCCCAGGGCCACGACGGCGGCGGCGCCCAGUGCCAGCCCCAAAGCCAACGGGCUGGCCAAGGAGCGGAGCAGCUCCCAGCUGGCAGGAAGCACAGGUGCUCCCCACUCGACCAGCAGCACGUCCUUGCACUCCGAGCGCUCCAUCAGCGGCAUCAACCUGGUGGGCUUCAGCUCCAAGCCAGAUGGGAUGCACCAGCGCUCCUACUCCGUGUCCAGCGCAGACCAGUGGAACGAGGCUGUGGCUAUCCCCGGCAGCUGCCCCAACCCCUCUAAUGGUACCGCCGACUCGCUCAGCUCCAGCCCAAACAUUUCCAGUACUGCCAGCCCGAAGCUGGAGCCGCCUCCGUCACCACAUGCCAACAGGAAAAAACAUCGCAGGAAAAAGAGCACAGGGACGACUCGGCCUGAUGGUCCCAGCACAGCAGCAGAAGAACCAGAUGAGCCAUUUGAGUUCAUUAUCGUGUCGCUGACGGGCCAGACGUGGCUCUUUGAGGCCUCAACAUCGGAGGAGCGGGAGCUCUGGGUGCAGGCCAUUGAGAGCCAGAUCCUGGCCAGCCUGCAGGGCUGCGAGAGCAGUAAGAACAAGGCUCGGCUGGGCAGCCAGGGCGACGCGCAGGCCAUGCAGGCCGUCCGCACCGCGCGCGGGAACAGCUUCUGCGUGGACUGCGACGCUCCGAAUCCCGACUGGGCCAGUCUGAACCUGGGUGCCCUCAUGUGCAUCGAGUGCUCCGGGAUCCAUCGCAACCUGGGCACCCACCUGUCCCGCGUGCGCUCCCUGGACCUGGACGACUGGCCUAGCGAGCUUCUCAUGGUCAUGACAGCCAUCGGCAAUGCCCUGGCCAACGCUGUCUGGGAGGGAAUGGUGGAGGGGUACCCCAAGCCCACUCCUGAGAGCAGUAGGUAAGGGAGGUGGGGAACCCCAGGGAUGCUUCUUGGGCACCACACCAGAAGGAUGGGGGCACCACGGGGAUUUGGGAGCAGCCAUCAAAACAGGAUUCCUCAAGGUGCUCCAGUGUUGGGGGUCUUGCCUGCCCUCGAGGUACUGGCCAUCCUCUCCCACCUUCCUGGUGGGUCAGCGAGGCUCCAUGGUGGCCACGGCCGUGUGGUGCCUGAGGGAGCCGAGGCUGGCUGCAAAGCCGAAGGGGUUAACAGAGAUGGCUUGGCAGCAUCGUGUGGGUCUCUAGGGUCUGUCCCUUUCAGGCCCUUGUCUGUCCCUAUCGGAGCCACUCUGCUGUCACUCAUCCCAACAAGAGCCCAUUCUGCAGCUUAUCAGCGCCGUGGCGC